UGUCAAAAGAGAUACUGCUGUCAAAAGUUUAACUCCUUUUCCGACAUUUAGUCAUCGUGUGAACACACUUUUGUGUGAUUUGUGGAGUAUUACUUAUAAUUCGGCGAUAACUGUGAACUAAAAUGCCACCAAAAUUUGACCCGAACGAAAUCAAGCACGUCUAUUUGAGAUGUGUUGGAGGUGAAGUUGGUGCUACAUCGUCUCUGGCACCUAAAAUUGGUCCUCUUGGUUUGUCCCCGAAAAAGAUUGGUGAUGAUAUUGCUAAGGCUACCGGAGACUGGAAAGGUUUGAAAAUUACAGUUUGCCUGACCAUCCAAAACCGGCAAGCGCAAAUAUCUGUUGUCCCAUCUGCAGCCUCGCUUAUUGUUAAAGCAUUGAAGGAACCACCUCGGGAUAGAAAAAAGGUCAAAAACAUCAAACACAGUGGCAAUAUUACGUUUGAUGAAGUGGUCAAUAUUGCACGAGUAAUGCGGCCCCGUUCAAUGGCUCGGGAGCUUUCUGGCACUUGCAAAGAAGUGUUGGGUACGGCUCACAGCGUCGGAUGCACGAUUGAUGGCCGUGCACCGCAUGACGUUAUUGAGGAUAUCAAUAGCGGAGCUGUCGAAUGUCCCUCGGAGUAGCUUUGUUUUAAGGGAAUGUAAAACUAAAAUGCUUAAAACAGGUUCAAUAAAUUUAUUAAACUAAUUCAA